AUGUUAACAAUGGAAGAAAAGUCACGUAACCCGUUUGUUCAACUAGUUCCUGACAACAGUUCCUCAGUUGUCGACUACCGUACAGUUACUUCGUACAGGUGCAUGGCAGUUAAUUUCCCAUCAGGGGCCGACAUCGAGAUCUCCUGGUACAUGCGCACAGAGUUCAGUUCGCCGAUAAAGCUGCACGACUUCACGUACAAGGAAGGGUGUGAGAUUAAAAUCGUGUCCUGGCUCGAGGAUCCAGCACAGCCGGCGUUCGGCGCCCAGAAGUUCUCCGAGCUCAGCAUCAUCAACGUCACGUACAUGUUCGACGGGAAGCUGGUUUGCAGCACCACGUGGGAUGGAGAGAUAUAUGACACGUCUGUCAACAUCUCUGUCAUAGGAGAGCCAGAGAUACACACAAGUGGGACGGUCCCUGCUCAGUUGGGAGCAUUCACAGAAGUCGUCUGCAAUGUGACGUCACGCCCUCCAUCAUCCAUAGUAAACUGGUUCAUCAACAGCACUAGAAUGGAUUUCUACUCGAGGAAACACGGGAUUCGGAACACGGUGAUUGGCGUCACGAUUCUUUCUCGACUCACUAUAUUCCGCGUCACUCACACCGACUUCGGCGUGUACACGUGUCAGGCGGAAAACGACUAUGGAGUCCAGUCUGGCAUCAUAAACCUGCAAGAACAGAUAGACUGCACGAAGCAUAUGUGUGAAGGAAACAGAGAGUGUAAGGAUGGAAUUGUCUGUAUAUGCAAACACGGGUACCGAACAGACGGCGAUAUGGAUUGUAUAGAUGUUAAUGAGUGUAGCGGCCGUCAUGGGUGUGAACAGGACUGCAAGGACACCCCCGGCUCGUUCAUGUGCGCCUGUUUCGCCGGGUAUACACUGGCAGAGGACGGAAAGACGUGCCAGGUGUACCAUGCGUUGGACACGGCCAUGUUGAGAAGUCUCUUAGUCGGCAUCGGUAUGGGAGCCAGCGCCGUAGUCUUAGUGGGUGUCGCCGUCGUCAUGUGUGUAUGCUACAGACGUCAUCUCGAUGUGAACAAACAGCUGAUUGACAGAGAAAACGAUUCUAUGUUUGGAAGUGUUUUGUAUACCAGGCAUGAACGACUGACGGAGAUUGACGUAUACGAGACUGUUGAACGACUGAGUGACGAGUUUCCCCGAGAUCGACUUCGGUUUCUGGAGCAGCUCGGGAACGGGACUUUUGGCGCGGUUUUCAAAGCAGAAGCUCUAAGUAUAACCGGUUCGGGGACAUGGGAAGUCGUGGCUGUGAAACUCUGUAGAGAAUGCGCCACAGACUUGGAUAAGGAGGACCUGUAUAACGAACUGAUGAUCGUGAAGAAAAUCCCGGGUCACGUGAACGUCGUGUCAUUCUACGGAUGCUGCACAAUCGGAGAUCCGCUCGUCCUGAUCAUGGAGUACGCUCCUUGCGGCAAUCUGCUUGAGUUCCUCAGGAACCGGCGACCCGAGAACCUGGAAUCACAUGCCUAUGACAACGACCUGACGGCUAAGGACCUGCUGUCGUUCGCGCUGCAGUCCGCCAGAGGGAUGGCGCACUUAUCCCAUAACAGUAUCAUGCAUCGUGAUGUUGCUGCCAGAAAUGUUUUGAUUGGUACUCAUCAAAUCUGCAAGAUUUCAGACUUCGGCUUGGCACGUGACGUGGAAGGAAUCGACAUCUACGAAAGGACAUCCAAGGGUCCACUUCCAAUUCGUUGGAUGGCACCCGAGUCUCUGAUGGAGGGAAUCCACUCUCACAAAUCUGACGUGUGGUCUUACGGUGUCCUGCUUUGGGAGAUAGUAACACUCGGUGCCAGCCCGUAUGCAGAUCAGAAUCUGAAGUAUGUUAUUGAGGCAGUCAAUGCAGGAAAGACACUGGACAAACCUCAACACUGCACUGCCGAGCUGUAUGAUUUAAUGUGCUUGUGCUGGUUUAUGCAUCCGGCCAAUCGUCCCGGUUUCUCCAGUAUCUGUGGAAAUCUCGAAUGGCUUCUCGAAAAAGAAGCAGACUAUAUUCAGCUGGACCAGUUCCAAGAACACAUUUACACUGUACUAGAACCAGACACUAUGGAGGAAAGACUUUAAUUAUAUAUAGAUGUGUUUCAAGAACACAUUUACACUGUACUAGAACCAGACACUAUGGAGGAAAGACUUUAAUUAUAUAUAGAUGUGUUUCAAGAACACAUGCACACUGUACUAGAACCAGACACUA